AUGUUGCUGGACGAACUUGAUCUUCCGCUAGACGACGUCGUGGUCGUCGAUCGGUUGGCUAUUGCGGACUAUAACCAGUCUCACAUCCUGCCCCAAGAUGAGGCCACUUUGAAGAGAUUGCAUGACUGGCUCAGACCAACCAGGUAUGAAGGAGAUGGUAGUGAGCUGAAGAAGCAUAGCAGCUGUCAUUUGAAGGGGACUAGCCAGUGGCUCCUCGAUUCUCCCAUAUUUCAACAAUGGCAUAAUGGCCACAAUGAUGGGAUUCUGUGGAUUCGAGGUGUUCCCGGCACGGGCAAAUCGGUCCUUGCCUCAACACUGAUCCAUCGCCUCUCAUCCGAAGAUUGCCCAGUUCUGUACUUUUUCUUUCGUCACACCAUCCGAUCCAACCAUCGCCCCGAGUCUGCCCUCCGCGACUGGCUCGCUCAGGUCCUACCUUUUAGUCCUCCUCUACAACUGGCCAUAAGGAAUCUGAUCUCUCCGCCCAUCUGUCUCGACUUUGUUGACGAUCUGUCCUUGGUUGAGCUGUGGCAUCUCGUUCGACUUGCCCUGAAAAGCAUGCCCAGGGCCUACUGCGUUGUCGAUGCCCUGGAUGAGAUGGACAGUAAUGCCUUGGAAGAUUUCUUGCAGUUGAUUGAUCAAUUGGGCAACAUGCACCCUGAAAGAAUCAAGCUCAUAAUUACAAGCCGUCCUAUUUCGACGAUUGGGAAGAUCGUGCGAAACUUGAAGCUUUUGGACAUUCGUCUAGAUAAGAAAGCUAUCAAUCCCGAUAUAUCUACCUAUCUUGAACAUCGACUCGAUGCCUCCAAGAUAUCGCCUGAGGCCAGGGUUUCAGUCAAGAAAACAGUUUUCAAGAAGGCCAAUGGGUUGUUUCUAUAUGGCAAGUUGGCCAUGGACCAAAUUUCUGAGCUACAAACCGAAUCUGAAGCGGAAAUAUUCGAGAGCAUUGAAAGGAUGCCCAUCAGCCUAUCGGACAUGUAUAGAAAUCUCUUUAGUGAGCAUACGGACCGUACCGAACUCCCAGAAGGACUGCAAAUGCUCGUCUUGCAACUUGUCACUCAUGCUACUCGACCAUUGCGUCUUCUUGAGAUAUCCGACUGUAUCAGAGUAACCCAGCCCCAAUAUGGUCAAGAUACCGGAACUAUCAAGAACUAUGUUCGGACUUGUUGUGGACCAUUACUGGAAGUCCUUCCUGACGAAACUGUCCGCGUCGUUCAUCAUUCUUUGACUGAGUAUCUCUUCGGACUUGACCGAUCUCCGGAUGAUCACGAGAUCUCUGUGUUUGAGCCUGGCCCGACACACAAUCUUCUCGCAAACCUCUGCGUAUCAUAUCUUGACUCAGGCCAUCUGGACAAGAUCAAGUUUCAGGAUUACGGCCGCGUCAUCGAGAUUGUUAUGUCAACGAACCAAGAUUUACCGCCUUUUUUGAACUACGCGGUACAAAACUGGUAUGUUCACACUAAGGAAGCUGCUAGGCGAGAUUUCGCACAGGAAGAAACAAACAACAGAAUCCUUUCAAUGCUCAUGAUUCCAAAACAUGUAAAGCUACUAGCCACUCUGGCAGAGAAACCUUGUUGGGAAAAUGGCUUCCAACGGCACCGUGAUCCGGAAGCUCCCCUUGAAACAGAGGUGUUGAUUUUCGGCAUAAAGCUAGGGUUGACUAGUUUUAUUGACAGUCUACUUAAAUUUUGUGGCGAGGAAGCACUCAAGUUUCAUGGAUACUUAGAGAAUUACCCUCCAUUACACCAGGCUGUGAACGACGGAAAUCUAGACAUUGUCCGUUUGCUCGUUAGGCAUGGCGCCGAACUGGACGAACACGACAGUAGGGGAUGCACACCACUUCACAGGGCGUUAAGUGGAGGUGCCAGAACAAAAGGCAACCUACGUUCCGCUAUCGUCGAUUGCCUACUGGAAGCUGGCGCCGACCCGUGGAAAACGCAGGAGGAUAGCAAGAAAGCACCUCGCUUGAGGUUACCCAUUCAGGAGGCCUUUCUUGUCGACGAUAGGACAGUUCCUCAGCUGUUUCUACCAUCCAUCAAGACUCAAAAGCAGGCCAACAAGGCUUUGAGUUGGGUUAUCAAUGGCUUCAAGGACCUGAUAUUGAUGAGGGCGAUCUUGGAACUUGGCCUGGCAGGCAUCAACGAUCAUGCUGAUUCUCCAACCCCUUUGUUCCAGGCAUGCAAGCAGGUCGAUCCCAUGAUGGUCUCUAUACUAUUGGAAGCCGGUGCAGACCCAAACAUCUGCCAACUGCGCCCAAAGCCGAGACUACUAGCAGAGAGCAUAAAGCAGCGCAGAGCGCUUAGUGGUUCUCGGGAUGAAAUGGGGGGACCCAACGUUCUACACGCACUGGCAGCGCCUUACUGUGCAUCGAAAGAUCCAUACAGCAGCUACAAGCGAGCUUCAGCCUUUCCUAACAAAUAUCCACCUGAUGAUGAAGCUAUCCGAGAGUGUUUCCGUUUAGUUAUCAAUGCAGGUGCUAAUGUCAACCAUAUCGAUAGCGCAGAAAAUACGCCACUUCAUCUAGCGGAAAUCCCUCUCAUGGCACAACUUCUUCUUGAGGCUGGAGCGGACAUCACUGCGAUUAACUGGCGUAACGAUACGCCGCUUCACGCCUCCCAAGAUAUUGAUAUCAUGAAGAUAAUACUCAGCAAGACGGAUAUCGACAUCAGGGAUCGAGAGAGCAAAACAAUGUUUUAUCGGUUGCUAGAGAGAACAUGUGCCAGAGGACCCAAGGCACUCUCAUCAUUAGAGGGUGCUAUGCAGCUUCUUGAUCUCGGGGUUGAUGCUCGUAGUGUCGACGAUGACGGUAACACUGCAUUGCACUAUUUAGCCUCCACAGAAAAAGGGUUUGCUAGUCCUGAAGGGAUAAAACUUCUUGAGAGAUUAAUGCAGGACGGAGUAGAUCCAAACCUGUACAAUACAAGGGGCGAAGCUGCUGUUCACAGGCUGUCUAUGCAGGGUGACCCCUGCAGCAUUGUGUCUCCUCCGUGUUUGAGGAAAUUUAUUGAGCUUACAAAAGCUGAUAUCAACGGUAUGGAUAGCAAGGGCCAAACACUUCUCUUCAGCAUCAUUGAUAGGGUUCAUGUCAGCUUGGAAGAUUUGGUCAAGGAACUUGCAGUAGAAUGCAGAUUCUCGCAGGCCGACAUGACGAAAAACACAGAUAUUGAGAAGGGUGAGAGCUUUAUUUCUGUCAUGGCAGAUUUAGGGGCACGAUUUGAUGUGACGGACCAGCAAGGGCGGACAUUACUGCACGCUGCAAUUCGGAACUGUCGCAAUGGCAAGGAUUUCGAUGUUCUACAUCAUCUUAUCGAGCUUGGAGCUGAUCCUCUCCAAACUGAUCGCGAGGGAAACACAAUAUGGCAUGAGGCGAUGUCAAAAUAUGCCAACCAGGCCCUUGGAUCCCUCGGAUCACCGUCACUGGAGACUCUGCAAAGCAUCACAGAUUUGGGUAUAGAUCCUGCAAAAGCUAAUAAUCAAGGAAUCACGCCAUUUCAUCUCUUCUGCGAGUACAAGCAGCCGGCUUCAAACACCGUCUUAUUUGAGUAUCUGCUGCAACAGCUUGGAGAUGUCAACAUGAGAGAUAACAAUGGGAUUACUGCACUUCAUAUCGGUUCAACUUACUCUACUGACUUCACAAGGAGGCUUCUAGAGCGCGGUGCUGAUGCAACACUGGUUACCAAGGAGGGGAUGAAUGUCUUUCAUCUCGCAUCCCGGGGUCGACAGAGCAACACCAUUGGUCUUCUUCUGGAUUGGCUCAGAGAAAGAACAGCUAAGGAAGAGCUGCAGAACCUACUCAACCUCAAAGACAACUGUGGUCGGGCCCCGCUGUACUACGCUUGCGCCUCUGGUCGCUUUCAGUCCGUUGACCUUCUCAUCAAUGCUGGUGCGGUCGUCGAAAUGGAAACGUACGAAGGCUCUGCAUUGAGUGGUUGUGUAUGUAUCGAAGAGGAGACCAAGAACUGGCAGGAGUUUCGUUCCCAGACUUGCCCUGAUUCAGGUGCCGUGCUUGUUGAUGAUACAAAACGGCCCAAGUAUGCACCAGUCGAGGGACCGCUACUGGAAACUUUGGAUCUCAUCAUUGGCAACGCCGCUACACCAAACUGGCAUCUCCUUGAUAUGGCCAUCUCUGAGGCUGCUAAGUUGGCUAUGGAUGAGCAUCUAUAUCCCGCUGAGAAACACCGGCUCUCCUAUCAUCCAAACCAUGAUUACACCGUAGAGUGUCUCGUACAAGCACGAAAGGCUUUGGGCGUUGGAGGCGAGAUGCCUUGUGCGCCCGCGGUAAAGCAGUGCUUACAACGACGAGAAGAGAUAUUCAAGGGAGACUUUGUCGACAAGAAAUGUGAAUGCGGCAAAUGCUACAAGUUUCCGUGGCAUGUAAGCAAACUCAAGAGUUGGAAGUGCUAUAACGCUAUUCCCAACUACAUCAACGAAGUUUCCCCCACACCUGAAGACUUACAACCCGUUCUCGUCAACUUCGCAAAAGAUGGCAUGGCGAGGCUUCUUGAUACUUUGCUUACACCAGAAACAAUUCUCGGCCUUGGGAGGACGGAGUAUCAGAGCAUAUCUUCGCUGAUGCGUGCUGCAUGUGAAUCCACAGAGCCUAAUAUGCCAGUGAUCAGGCUUUUAGUAUCAAAGGGUCUCGAACUGGGUGAAAGGAAGCCACCAGAAUACGACUUUCUUCAUGUCCUGACCCGAGGGGGGGAACAUCCCUGGUGGCAUACAGGCGAGGCACUUCCCUACCUGAUCGGGCAAGGCGUGUACCUGGAAAGCAGAGAUGCAGGCGGACUCACGCCACUGAUGGCCAGUUUGGGCAACAUCGAGAAACCUGUGUGGACUCCUAAGGCUACGGAGAUGCUUCUACGGGCUGGUGCAGAUCCCAAUAGCGUGGAUUAUGAAGGCAAAUCUUGUCUUGCACGCGUUAUUGAUAAUAAGACAAUCUUCGAGAUGCUGAUACACCAUGGAGCUAUCGUCGACCCUUCCCUACUCACUUCCGCGAUUCUCUCCAAAGAUGUUGGUAUGGUAGAGAUGGUACUGUCUUCUGGUGCAGAUGCAAAUGUCUGCAGACCAUCAAGCCCGCCUUGUCCAGAUGAAGAAAGAUGGAGAAUGUAUUACAAAGUGGACAUCCCUGCCUCUUUUCGCGAGAUACACCCUCUCGAUAUGGUGAUUAGCGAGAUCGAUAGUGAGACUGCGAGCGAGAUUGACUGUGAGGCGUAUAUCCGCAUGGUCGAGAUACUGCUCAAGUUUGGCUCUAAUCCAAAUGCUCCCUUCCAUCACACAACAGUGGCGCAUAAGACACUGAGAAAUGCCAAGUUCAGUCUUCAUGUGCGGAAUAAAAAUGGUGCCAACCCCAGGGUUACUCACAGCGUCCGAAGGAAAUACUUGGACCUCAUUCUCCAGCAUCCGAUUCUCGACGUCGAUCUGAGGGACACUGCAGGUGUUCCAUUACUUCAUGUUGCUUUCAAGAAAGCUGAUGAAAAGUCAGCUCGAACACUGAUCGAUAGGGGCGCUGACUUAUAUGCAAGAGAUGAUUUUGAUCGGAAUAUCUUCCAUAUAGGAUCUACCCUCCUUUCCAAGAAGGCGCUAUUCGACUACAUUAUAGCUCGCGCACCAGAGCUUUUAGAUCAGGUCGAUAAAUGCGGCAGACCACCACUACACCAUGCGCUGGACGAUAGAAAUGAAUUUGGAUAUCUGAGCAGCCUGGAAAAAGUUGAAGAGUUUGUCCAAAUGCUCAUAGCUGCAGGAGCCAACAUUUUUGUAAGGGAUGAAAAUGGCAAUACACCCCUGCAUCUUCUUUUGCAGAGGGAAUGGAAACUACUCGUGGAUGAUCGUGGUGGUGAGGUUUGGCAAGGGUCUGUAUACCCAACAAUGGAGUUGCUUCUCUCGAAAGGUGCAGACAUCAAUGCACGAAACCAAAUGGGCGAGACACCUAUCUUCUCUUUCUUCCGCGAGGGCGAUCUCUACGUUGACAUGCCCAGAACUGAUUCCAACAAGGGAUUUCCGGCUCCGUUCAGGUACACCUCUAAGUCUGAGAGACAAGCCAUGGAAGAAAGACGACCAGUGCUAUGGGCGCUCUUCGAAAAGGCGGGUGUGGACUGGACUGCUAUUAACGCAAAUGGCCAGUCUCUACUUCAUCUUGUGGCCAGUCACCGAUGUCAAGGAAGUUGUUUCACGAGACUGGAAAGGUUCAAGCUUUUAAUAGGUAAAGGUCUGGAUCCUUUAGUGGAGGAUCAGGAGCAUCGGACGGCGUUGGAUAUUGCGGCUGCAAACGGGGGUUAUGAUAUCAUGGAGUUGUUUAAAACAGAGUAG